ACAUUCCAAUCAUUUCAAUAGACUACAAUCCCACAGCAAGUCAGCUGAAGCUACCAUAUAGUCUUCUCCAGCCUGGUGCUUUUCAGAUGUCUUAGAUGUUGGUGUCAUGAUUGUUUCCUUUUGCUCACCCUUGCAGAUUAAAACAGAAGACCUCAGUGACUCUUUGCAAACGUCCCUCUCCUCCAGAUCAAGUCACUUAGCCCAGGGGGCUUCCAUGAUGCCUGGAGGACAAAUUCCUGGGAAUGUGAACUCUCUUCAUACUUUGCAGCAACUCGUGCAAGUUCCAGGGCCUAUGCAGUCUGUCCCCCUAUUCCUGCUUUCUCAGGGCCCAGCAGGACAACAAGCUCUGCAGUCAAAUCUUCUCUCCUUUCCUCAACAGCAAAGUGGACUUCUGCUCCCGCAGCCUGGACACAGCUUAGCAUCUCAGGCAGUGGGACGUCCUGGACACCCUGGGACAUUGUUGGAGCCUCACCUUGAGGCCCCUCAGCACUUACAAGUUGCCAAACAUUUGCCAUCUUCCAUGGCAACAGAUGAAGCAAAUGAUUUGGAAGAGCUGGAAAAAUUUGCCAAGACUUUUAAGCAGAGGCGCAUCAAACUGGGGUUUACACAGGGCGAUGUAGGUCUGGCUAUGGGGAAGCUCUACGGGAAUGACUUCAGCCAGACCACCAUUUCCCGCUUUGAAGCUCUCAACCUGAGCUUCAAGAACAUGUGCAAGUUAAAACCACUCCUGGAGAAAUGGCUGAGCGAUGCAGAAUCAUCCCCCUUGGACUCUUCUGUGAGCAGCCCAAGUUCUUACCCCUCCGUGAACGAGAUGUUUGGGCGCAAGAGGAAGAAACGAACCAGCAUUGAGACCAACAUCCGCUCCACACUGGAGAAGCGGUUCCAAGACAACCCCAAGCCCAGCUCAGAGGAAAUAGCCCUGAUUGCAGAACAGUUGUCCAUGGAAAAGGAAGUGGUCCGAGUCUGGUUCUGCAACCGAAGGCAGAAGGAAAAACGUAUCAGCUGUCCGAUGCCCUCUCCCAUAAAAUCACCCCUCUACAACUCCAGACUGGUUUCUACUUCAGGAUCUUUGGGUCCCCUUUCUGCCCACAGUUCCAUGCAUGGUGCAGUGUCUUCUUCUUGCUCACCUGGCCAUGCCAGCCGGUCCUCAUCCCCUGGCACAGGACUUCACACCAACACUCCUGGCAUGCCUCAAAACACCUCUAAAGUAGCCAUCAAUUCAUCCAGUUUCAACUCCUCUGGAUCAUGGUACCGAUGGAACCAGCCUACUUACCUCCAUUAAAGCAUAAUUUUGGAAGAGCAUCCACAAUGACCUGUCUUUCCUCUGUUUAAAAAAAAAAGUGGGGGAGCCUUCACAUCCUUCGGUGGACCACUUCCCCAGGAAGCGUUUCCUUGAGCAAAUGUUUCGCACAUUGGCACUGACGACUUUUGGCAAGGGCAAACCUCCAGUCGACUGAUGUAAACUGAACUGUCAAAGAGACUUAAGCUACAAGGGGUCCCUCUCUACCUGAGAGGGCUGUGUGGUGUAUGUGUGUUCUCUGUAAGCCCACCAGCUUGCCAGCCUCAAGAGCAUCUUUCUUGGGAUGCAUCUGCAGAAAAGCUUCCACGUCUAGGUCUAAAUAUGCCCUUGAGGAUUUUCUACUCUGAGCCAAGGCUGCCCAAAUUAUUUCAUUUAAGGAUUGAAUGUGGAUGGUCCUCUUAACUGCCCUCUUCCAGAACAAAGUGACGGCGCUUUGUCAGUGAAGAGGUGCAUCUAACGUUGCCUACUCAACAUUUUGAAGUGCAUUUUUUAGGAAGAGGGGAGGGGGGUUCAAGGUGCAUGGCAGAUUUUUGUUCCACAGACACAUCAGGGUGAGAAUCUGCAGCCUAGUGAGGCUGACAAGUAAUAUGGCUGUCAAACUGAUGUGCAUUUAAUGGUUCAAAAGGGAUGGUGGAUUGACCCGGCGCAUCUCGAAUUCCUGCAGUGCAGAAAUGUGGAGAUUUUAGCCUCAAAGCAUUCGCUUUUCUAAUGGGGG